UUACACUUAUGACGUCAUACAACUCUGCGCGCCAAAACCAACUCGAAGCUGGCGUGAUCGACGGGCGUACAACAACUCUAGGGAAUGUGAGGAGCGCUGAAGUCAUGGAGUCUCAACAACGCCCAUACACCAUCGGGGGCGUCAAACUGAUGUUCCCCGUCAAACCUUACCCAUCCCAGAUGGCCUUGAUGUCACAGAUUAUGCAGGGACUCAAAAGACGCCAGAACUGCCUGCUAGAAUCCCCAACAGGAUCGGGAAAAUCUCUCGCCCUUUUGUGCUCAACGCUGGCAUGGCAACGAGCUGAAACAGGUAUAUUCUAUGAGCACCGUAACACCUUGUUUUUUGGGGACGUCAUAACUACCAUCCUCUUUCUUUGUCAAAUUUGGGUCCUGCCUUCUCUAUCAAAUAUUUGGUAUAAAUUAGAAGCUGCAAGCAAUAAACAUGAUCCAGUUCACCCACCCAGGGAAUCUGUGUAA